GCAAUCCCUGUCCAGCAAAGGUUAAAAGGCCACUUUGCAGGGGUUAGGACCUUGCCUUUUUCAGCUGAGUACUUGGUUGAAAUCAACAAAGUCUUGCUGGCCAUAGCUGAUGUUGAACUGCUGCUGAAUGCACCAGAACUAAAUACUGGCAUCUAUGAGGAUUUUUCAACUCAGGAAGAUGCACUGAAGAACAUAAAAGAUAUUUUGGAUAAACUUGGGGAUCAAAUUGCGGUCAUACACGAGAAGCAGCCUGAUGUUAUAUUAGAAGCAUCUGGACCUGAGGCGAUACAAAUAGGAGAUGCGCUAACCCAGUUGAAUGCGGAAUGGGAUAGAAUUAAUAGAAUGUACAAUGAUCGUAAAUGUGGCUUUGAUAGAGCAAUUGAGGCAUGGAGGCAGUUCCACUGUGAUCUCAAUGACCUCUCCCACUGGAUAACGGAAGCUGAAGUGUUACUAGCCGAUGCCCGUGGUCCAGAUGGCAGCCUGGAGCUGCAGACAGCUGGGCUGCAUCAGCAGGAACUUGAAGAGGGAGUCAGCAGCCAUCAGACCAGUGUUUCAGCAUUGAACAGAACUGGGGAAGGGAUCAUACAGAAACUGUCUGCUACAGAUGGGAGCUUCCUGCAGGAGAAGCUGGCGGGAUUGAAUAGACGCUGGAAAGCAAUCACCGCAGAGGUCAUGGAUAGACAACAGAGGCUAAAAGGGGAGAAUCAGCAGCUGAUAGAGUACAGAAAGAAGCUUGAUGAGCUGCGUUGCUGGUUGGAAAAUGUAGAAAAUGCUCUGGACGCAAGAUUUACAUUCAACCAUGAAGAAAACUUGCGAGAAUUACAGGUCUUAAGUGAAGAGAUGGAAGUACAGGGAGACAAACUGGAAUGGCUGAACAGAACGGAACCUGAAGUGCUUUUGGAUAAAAAUGUUGAUCUUCAGGAAAAAGAUAAACUUUCUGAUUGCCUGCAGUCCCUCAAUGUGAGGUGGAAUAAGGUGUUCAGAGAAAUGCCUGACAGAGUGAGAGAAUUGGAGGCAUUUGUUGGGCAGUCUCGUCUUGUUACACAGACAAAGCCUUCUGAUGUCCAAAAGGUGGUGCUAGUAUCUUCUUCAUUGGAAAUACCUGUUCAGACUCAGCAGGCUUUGGAACUUUCUGCACCUGCUGAUCUGGACAAAACUACAACUGAGCUGGCUGACUGGUUGGUAUUGAUUGACCAGAUGCUCAAGUCAAACAUAGUCACCGUGGGAAAUACUGAAGAGAUCAAUCGGACUAUUGCACGAAUGAAAAUAACAAAGGCAGAUUUGGACCAGCGGCACCCUCAGCUUGAUUCUGUUUUUACAUUGGCUCAGAAUUUGAAAAAUAAAACUUCCAGUUCAGACAUUAGGACAGUGAUCACAGAAAAGC